CGCACUUUGCACGUCCUUUCAGCACCGGCCCUGCUCCAAAGUCCAAGCUUCCAAAGCAGAAGAGCUCAUCAGCAAACACGGCGCGAAGCCAAUAGAACCGUCCACAUGGCGAGACCCCUGCAAAUCCCAUCCGAUAGAAAACAUAUCCCGAGGUAGGAGAGCCAUGGACCAUAUACGGCCCGGGGCUUGGGCGGCGACGGCCUUCGGCAAAGCGCCAGACGCUACGGCCGUGCCGGCCCGGACCACCGUACGUCGGCUCCACCGCCCGCCGCCCCCAACGGAUUACCAUGCACACGAGACGAGUCCUUUUCCGUCGCCGAAUGAUUUUUGAUCUAGCACGUUCCCGCGGCUUCCCUCCACAGUUGAACGUUGCUCUCGCCAGGAUUAAUUCGGCAUUGCUAGUAGAUUUUAAAAAUCUCGUCCAUUCUCUUUGUGGUUGCUUUGCCUUUGCACCCAUAAAUUCUUUGCCUCCUCUCCGUGUUGCUCUUGCUUCCCGACCAAGUCUGCAGCUUCCUCUCUUCACCAGCAAGAGCUCGGAUUCCAUUCCGUCCAGAUUUCCUUCUCGGUCGCGCUCACAGACUAGACUAAUAGCCGAUCAAACAAACUCGGCCUUCCGUAGCCCGAGACUCCAAGCCACGCACAGAUUUUCUUCAUCUUUCUCCCGCAAUGGCGGAGGCCGCUCCGGCGCAGCCGAGGACCGGCGGCGGCGAUGUGGUUCCCGCGUGGUUGCAGCGGGCUCUGGAGCUCUUGUUCCCGUCCAACCUCGCAGCGAAGGCGGUGCUGUUCGCCGUCGUGGUGGCGCUGCUGCCGAUGCUGCCCACGAGCCAGGGCCCCGGGAUCUGGGACCUGCCGCACAUCCUCCUGCUCGGCCUCGUCAUCUCCUACGGCGUGUUCGGCCAAAGGAACGCCGACGCCGAUGCGGUGCCCCCGGUGGCCGCUCCCUCCAAGGUCGUCGACGACGACGAGUCCGUGGAGGCCUUCGUCUCCCAGAUACUCCAAGGGCCCCUGGUCUUCGAGGGGAACGGCGGCGACGGAGUCAGCGGCGGCGCCAGGGACGGCGGCGUCCAGGCGUGGAGCUCGCAGUACUACCCCGACGAUCCCCUCGUCGUCGUCGCCGACACCGGCGGCGCUGGCGAGAAGCCGCUUCUCCUGCCGGUGAGGAAGCUCAAGCCGUCGGCCGAAGAACCUGCACCGGGCAAUGUAAGCGACGACGCCACCGAUGAAGAAGCAGAGUUCCUCGUCUCCAAGGAGGGAACAGGAUACAGCGGCGCGCGCCAACACGCCAUGUCAUCGCCGUCCUCCGUCCUCGACGCCGGCUUGACCCUCUCGCCGUCUUCGCCUCCUCCGCCGCCGCCUCCGCCGCAGUUUCCCGGCGGCGCGCGUGGCCUCGGGAAGGCCAGAGCAAGAAGCUUCAACGAAUACGGGGUUGGAGACAUGAGCAUGGGCGGACACGCGGGCUUACGAAACAGGUUCCGGUCAAACUCCUCCAUCCAAGCAACGAGGAGGAGCACUUUCACCGGCUACGAUCCUGUAGCUCCGUCCGAAGAUCAAGCGGCCGCAGACGAUGAGGCUGACGAGAUGGCCGCGGCCUCGGACGGCUCGUUCAGCAGCGACGACAUGGCCAGGGACGGCGACGAUGAACUCGACGAGGAGGAAGACAGCUACGACGAGGAGGGGCGGGAAGGUGACAACUCUUGCGACGAAGAGCUUUUUGAGCUGGCGACGAGGCCCGAGCCGGAGGAGGACGAGGUGGACAGGAAGGCUGACGAGUUCAUAGCCAAGUUCAGGGAGCAGAUUAGGAUGCAGCGGGUUCAGCCCGGGCCGGGCAGAAGAUGAGCCAUCACGGAUGUGGUGUUCAGAUUUCUUCAUGUGUAAUGCACCGCAUUUUAAUGUUUGUUCUUUUGAUUGCUCACAUGUAACUACAACCCGAACAAAUGGUGUCGAUGAGUGGAAUAAGAGUGUGCGGGA